UUAUAUACGACUACUUUUCGAAAAAAUAUUAUUAGUGGAUUCGAUCUCAAGGCAAUAGUUAUAAUCUUUGGUCUAACAAACACAUACAUUAACAAUAACUAGAAAUGGAGGAACCACGAACUGACAAAAUCUAUGGAGGAUGUGAAGGACCUGACGCUAUGUAUGUUAAAUUAAUAUCGUCAGACGGCCAAGAAUUCAUUGUAAAACGAGAGCAUGCUCUGACCUCUGGCACCAUAAAGGCUAUGCUUUCGGGUCCUGGACAGUUUGCAGAAAAUGAAGCAAAUGAAGUGCAUUUUAGAGAAAUUCCAUCUCACGUUCUCCAAAAGGUCUGCAUGUACUUUACAUACAAAGUGCGUUAUACCAACAGUUCUACUGAAAUUCCCGAGUUUCCGAUAGCCCCUGAGAUAGCGUUGGAGUUGUUGAUGGCAGCAAAUUUCUUAGAUUGUUGAAUAAUAGAUGCAAAAUACAUAUAUAUAUAACCUUUUUUAGUUGAAAUGUUCUGAUAAAUACUGUUUACUAUUUCUAACUGACUUCAUAUGCGUGAAAAAAUGAAAAUAAUAAAUUUUGUCUGAAUAAAAAUAUA